GACACGUCAUCAAGACACGUCAUCAAGACACAUCAUCAAGACACGUCAUCAAGACAUAUUCUUAGUUAACAAACUGACCGAUGAGAUGAUCUGGGUCAUCCUGGCCCUGCCCAUGUGGGCGUGGCGUGGGACUGUUGGCGAUUCCCAGUCUAACGAGCGGCGAGUCGUGGCACACAUCUCUGGUGACAUCAUCAUAGGAGCCCUGUUCUCUGUCCAUCACCAGCCGACAGCGGACAAGGUACACGAACGUAAAUGCGGCUCGGUGCGCGAGCAGUACGGUAUCCAGCGUGUUGAAGCCAUGAUGCACACUCUAGACCGUAUCAACGCUGACCCCCGUAUCCUCCCCAACAUCAGCCUGGGCUGUGAGAUAAGAGACUCCUGCUGGCACUCUGCUGUGGCCCUGGAGCAGAGCAUUGAGUUCAUACGAGACUCCCUGGUGUCCUCCGACGAGGCCGAGGUGGGGGGAGGCAGUGUGUGGGGGGGAGGCGGGGGAGGAGCCGAUGGGAGGGGAGGGCCGAGGUGUGCGGACCCUGCUGCAACCCCCAUGCGGGGGAAGAAGCCCAUCGUCGGGCUGAUAGGACCAGGUUCCAGCUCUGUGGCCAUUCAGGUCCAGAACCUCCUACAGCUCUUCAACAUACCCCAGAUCGCCUACUCUGCUACCAGCAUGGACCUCAGUGACAAUCAGUGA